AUGUCUCGAAUGCAGACCGAUGAAGAGAAGCACCCGGAGCUUUUCAAGCCCGACCUCAACAUUGACCGCCGAACAUGUAAGCGAGUCGUCCCAUUGGAGGUCCUGGCCCUUGGCAUGUCCAAGACGGGUACAUCAUCAAUGCAACGGGCCCUUAUGAUUCUCGGCUACGAUGACGUUUACCACGGGUUUUCUAUGACAUCCAACAUCUGCGAGGUCCCGCUGUGGACCGAGGGCAUGCAUGCGAAGAUGAACCCACAGCCGGGUCAGAAGCCCUUUGGUCGCACUGAGUUCGACCAGCUGCUCGGCCACUGUGGGGCCGUCUGCGAUCUGCCGCCCAACUUCUUCGGUCCGGAGCUGGUCAGAGCGUACCCUGACUCCAAGGUCGUCCUCGUUGAGCGGCAAUUCGAGUCGUGGUACAAGAGCUUCGACGAGAGUAUUGUCAACGUUGCUUUCAACCCUGUCUGGAGGACGCUUUCGUGGCUGCGCGCGAAGUAUGUCGCGGAGAUCGACGACAUCACGUUCACCUGGCUGCGGUACCAAUUCAACUCGGACACCAAGGAGGGUAUCUUGGCGAACGCUCGCGAGGGAUACAAGAGGCACUAUGACACCAUCCGUAGGGAGACACCACCCGAGAGGUUGUUGAACUACAAUUUGAAGGACGGUUGGGGCCCGUUGUGCGAGUUUCUGGGAAAGCCUAUCCCUGAUGUGCCCUUCCCGCAUGUAAAUGACCACGAGGCAUACCACGAGAAGCUUCAGAUCAUUAUCAAGAAGGGCGCAAAGGCUUUUGCGCGGAAAAUGGUGUGGAUUGCCGUGCCGGGUCUCGUCGGAGCUGCUGCUUAUUACUUUGGGACCAAACCUGGCAUGAUCGAGCACGCGAUGCAGUUCCCGAAAUAA